UUUUUUUUAUAAAUAGAUAUUUUUUUAGUCAGUUUUCAGGGCGAAAUGUUCUGACAGACUCGAUUCAAUAACGACAACCUGUAAUGUAGUGUUAAAAUGAUUCGCCUUUAUUCUUUGUCGGACAAAGAAUAAAGGCGAAUCAUUUCGUUUUUGUUGAGUAAAUGAGAGAAAAUGCGGGCUACCUCUAACUAAAUUUGUAAUCCUAUCUCAGGCGGUCUAAAAUUACAGAUAUACAUUACUAGUUUACGCGCAAUUUUCAAAAGUUUCCAGUGCGCGCCCAUCUUGUGGCUAGAUCAAAUCGUUGCGAAUUUUACAGUCGAGAAAGGGAAAGAGAAUUAGCAAUAGAAUGUCAUCGGUGUUUAGCUGUGGUUUUUCUAGGGUGGCUGUCAAAGAAAGUUUUCAUAAACCUGGCAGUGUGGCUUACGAGAGCAAUCCCGCUCAGCGAUGGGAAAACUACCACAAGUUGCUCGAUGAAUCGGCGCUCGAGAAAUUGGCUGUGGCGAGGACACUGUUUGUGAAGAGGUCUAGAAGCGUCUAUGAUUUGUUUCGAAAAAUGAACUCUCAGACCAGAAAUGAGUACCUCCAGUACUUUUCUCUAAGAAACUGGAAGGCAUUACCUGAAACACAAAAAUCAGAGCACACGAGAUCAAACUGUGAUGCCUGCCAAGUUCAUCACUUUGCCAUGCAAUCUAUUUUUCCAAACGCUGCGCAGCUAAAGCCACAAAAGCUAGUUCGAGAUGGUCUCGCUCUAAAUGAAAGCAAUGGGAACGUCAACAUAAAGCCAACACAAAAGGCUAUUAAAUCAGCAACAAAGCAUAUUUAUUCAAAAAUAAAUGUGUCAUUUCAGAAAGUUUUUAAAGUCAGCUUUGCUGAAGCACAAACAAAAGUUAAGGAAAUUAACCUCCAGAAGAAAAAAGAUGGUAUUGAAAAAAAACGGGAACGUCGAAAGAGAGCGCGCCAUGAGAAAAACAAAAUCCAGGCUGAGUGGUCCAAAAGAGAUUGUGACGUGAUGCUUGCAACGAGGCAGUCGUUUUCCCAGAGGUCAAAGCAAAGGAAGAUGCUUCACUUCGAGUCAGCCACAGAUGCUGCCAUCAGGGUGCAAAAACGCAAGAACCAGGAAGAUCUUGGCGAGAGAAAACGUAAGCAGCAUUCGCCUCCAACAGCAUCAGUUGAAUUUGACAAAGAAAAUCUUAUGCAAGAAGUAAGAAACAAGAAAGAUGGUGAAAAGAUAAAUUAUUCAGACCUGGCAAGACGACAUGGCCUUAAAGAUCAGAAACUAGGAAACAUGAUCUUCAAGGAUUACCUGAUGGAACAGGGGGUGGAUCUGCAACGCUUUCAGCAGUUCCGUAAGAGGCCAGCAAAAGCUAGACGAAAACUGAAUCGCACGUAUGGUGGAGAAGUAACUGUGCCAACACCUAGAACAAGCACACAAAUCAAAGAAACACUGAAGGUUUGUUACAUUGUUUUUUUUGUCUUAUUUGAAAUAACUCUUGGAUAUUCAAUUGGUGUGUUUAAAAAA